GUCAUUUUCCUUUCCGACGCAGGGCGAAAGCGGUGAAUUGAGUCGUGUUAAAUUUCUACAAAUAUCCAUUUAAUAUCGUAAAGAAAUACGAAUUGUACUGAUUAAGAGUGAUUUUUAAACUUUGAAGAUGAGUUAUUCUGGAAACGUGCGUCGUAACAUGAACCCAAUGCCAGCGCGAGGCGGCGGCCCGUUAAUGACGGAACAUUUACAAGAUUUGGAACUGGAGCUUGAGCUACUAAAGCGUAAGAGGCAGCUGAUCCAGCGUCAGCAAAGCAGUAUGCUCUAUGACCGCCCUGGUGCACCACCGGCCCGCCUUGAUAACAAUAUGAGAUACAACCAGCCGUCUCAAUCAUAUGACGAUCGGUUCAAUGAACCUCAGCAUCUGAACUUUUCUCAUUUGUACAAUGACCCUCCUCGGAACAACCAGGGCUUUGGCUUGAAACGUCAAGCACAGCAGGACUGGCCUAGCGCACCCAGCAACUUGGGUGGCCAAAAGCGGGCUAGGCCAAACCCGUUUGUCCAACCAUUCCAAAAUAACGCUCAACAAUCUUCCCAACGGCCUGGCCCGUUUAUGCCCCAGCCCCUUAUGAACAAUCCCAAACCUAAACCGCUCAUGAACUUCCCGGUUCAGAGAAACCGUCCUGGCAACCGACAAAACACAAAGCAAAAUCAAGGCCCUAAGCCCCUCAAUCAACAACCGAAUUUCAAGCAAAAUAAGCCAGCCAAUGGCGGCCGACCUGGUAAUCUAAACCGCUCUGGCAACUUAAACCGACCUGGCAAUUUAAACCGGCCUGGCAACGCUGUUCGGCCAACCGGUUUUGUCGCUAAAAAGAACGUGUCCCCCAAAAAGCCCAUUCAAAACAACUCAUUCACUAUCUCGCCGGCUAAUAAGGCGAUGGGCAUUUUCACGGCCAAUAAGAGGCCAAAUAACAAAAUGAACGGCCGUUUAGAGUUAGCUCUAGGUAUGAUCGUUAAGGAGAUUAAGGUUACAUACGAAAACAAGCCCGAAUACAAGGGUCUGUUUUCCCACCUCCCGCUCGCCCGCCUUAUGAAGCAGGGCGUUCGGGAGCGCUUGCACUCCGCAAUGGACGGGAAACUCGUUGAUAAAGCCUCGGACAUACUGGCGGAGUACCGUCAAAAGUUCCCCCUGGAAACUGACAAGGAAAUCGUGGAACUUGCUGUACUCGAGCAAAGGAAGAACACCGAAAAGGUCGAACUCGCGAUCACGUUGCUCGAAGAAGGUGACCCAGAACAGUUUUUCAAGAAAAACAUGAACAAAUUACUGCAGGCCAGAUUUGAUGAGAUGAUAGGAAAGCUUGAAAAAGUGAUAUAUGACGAAAACAAGACUUCAACAGCCGAAAUCCUGAGUAAUUUGCCAGAUAUUAAGAAAGAACCGGGCAAGAAAAAUGCUUCAAAGGUUGAAAAUAAAUCUGAAAAGGCUGAAGAGACACCCGCUACCACUGAAACCGCUGAACAAGCUGUUGAUGAGACGAAAACUACUGCUGAAAACGUAGAAACACCUACUGAAACAGCUGAAAAUAUUGCUGAGCCAGUGGCUGAAAAAGCUCCUGAGAAUGCUGAUGAAACAAAGCCUGAUGAAGCAGUAACAGAGAAUGGUGUAGAUCCAAUUCAUGUGUCUGAUGUGUACAACAAGGAGAGCAUGUAUGAGAAGUGGCUCUCUCUUUACCUUCAGCGUCGGCUGCCUGCGCUGGUGCAUAGACAUAGAGGUAACAUUCUAAAGAUAUUCGACCUGGACCACAUGUUCUCCAACACGAAAGCAGCAAUCAUUAUCAACGCCAACAACAAGGCACAGGCUAUGAAAGCCGGACAGAAGAAUGACGAAGGCAAGGAUGACCCUGAACUUCCUCGCAAUCUGCCGUAUUUCGCCAAGGUCCUGGCGAUCCCAGCAAUGCCCAAGCGCAAGAUCAUGCAAGAGUUCCUCAACAAGUUCCAGCCGAAGACAAUCAAGCGUCACAAGAAGAACUACAACCUGCUGUUCAUCGGGUUUGACUCCAAGGAUAACUAUGACAAGAUCCUUGCUGCGAACCAGACUACAGUUGGCAACGCAACCCUAAGCAUCCUCGGAAACGUCUCCAAGCCAACAAACGAGACCGAGGAACAGGCCGAUCUGGACCAAGUCCUGACCCCACAGCUCGACGAUCAGAUCAACGAUCUCCUCUCUUCCAUCCGUAAAGCUGAUGAGGAAAACGUUAAUGUUGCCAGUGUUACCGACAUCGAUCUAACUUUGGAUGAGAGUCAGGAGCAAGACACUACAAAUGAGAUCACAGAUAACACUACUAAUGAGACUUCAAAUGCUGAAACUGUAAGUACUGACAAUUCUACCAAUGAAACCAAGGUUACUGAAGCCAAUGAAACAGACGCGGCUAAUAAAACUGAGAAGAGUGAUGAUUGUGAAGUUGUUGAAUCAAAUGGUAACAGUGUAGUGACUAUUGAAGAUGAUGAAGUCGCUCCACUUCAAACAGAAGUUAAGCCAGCUCCGGCCACUCCGGCUAAAGGCAAAGCCCCGGCUACACCCAGGUCUAUUAAUACUAGGCGUUCCAGCCGUCUACAGAAUUAAAAUCACUGCCUAUUUCUACCUUAUGUAGUUCUUAAUUAUAGGAUAUUUUAUGUUGGUAGGCUAUUUUGUACAUUUGAUUAACAUGAAUGCGCUUUCGUUCAAUAUCUCCAACUCUGAAUUACACAUAGCGAUUUUUGUUAUUAAAAUAAUCACUUUGUCA